AGAAACAGGCUGAUUUCAGGAGAACGCACAGGUGUUUCCAUUGCGCGCACCCCAGAUUCCCACAGAGGAGCCCCCCCAGCCGUCGCACCCCGCCCGCCCUCAUUGGGUCUGGUCUUCAGGGUUGGGGCCCCCCCGGAAGCUAUAAAAAGCUGAACUGGGGAAAGCAAGCUCGGGUUUCUGUGUGGUCGCCCGGCACAGGCUGGGACAGAGGCAGAAGCGCGGGGUCCACAGACGGAACCCCCAGGCCACCUGGACGCGAGCCAGGAGGGGCUUGUCUCACGCUGGACUUCACUCUGCACCCCAGCUCACUCCCCCUCCCAUGGGAGCCGCCCCCCAUGGCCGGGCUCUGGCUGGCUGUGUUCCUGACGCCCGUCUGCUGUCUGCUGAGGGACCAAGCUCUAAACCCACCGAUUACCAACUUGAGGAUGGUGCCUGAAAGAAAACAGUUGACCUGGAACAACACCAAGAAUAUCUCCAGCGUUGAGUGCUACGUGGAUUCCAGGCUCUUCAGAAAGUCAGAAAACAAUGUUGCCUGCAAGAUUUUUGUGCUUUCCAAAUGCAAAGCCUCAAACUUUACAGUCAAGGUCACCAUGGUCGACGAUGAGCCAUUUUCCACGUGGAUUGAGUAUCCCAAGCCAGAAGGGAACCCUGGGGCGGCCGCCAAGGACCUGCAUUGCAAGGUUCACGACGUGGACUUCCUGACGUGCACCUGGGCGGUGGGCAGCGAGGCCCCCAACGACACCCAGUAUCACUUUACCUUGGAGAAUGUGGAGACCAACCAGAGGUGGGAGUGUCCGCACUACACAUCGAAUGAGCGGGGGACACAUGUCCGGUGUCAGUUUGAUAAGAUCUCUAGGUUUCCCGAAAACCAAUACCGCUUCUUGGUGGAAGGUGUCAGCACGGAAGGCGGAAUCCUCUGCUCGGAGUUCUUCGAGCGUCUAGAGGAUAUUGAGGAGUUGAUUGCGCCCAACAUAACCGCCACCUGUAACGAGUCUCUUGCUUUGAUGGAAUGGGAGAUGGCCAGUCUCUUCCACAGGAAUUUUGAGUACAACCUGGAAAUCCAGCAGGGCACAGAGCCUCCGUCCAGUCACAAGGUCUACGGUAAGCAGUGGACACUGAACAACCCUGGGACCUUCACGGUGAAAAUCCAAGCCUUGGCCGGGCUCUGGAGUGCUCCCCAGCGCUUUGAGUGUGGCCGCGCGGGGGGCGCGCUCCACCAACUCUGGCUGACGGCGUCGCUGAUCGCGCUGGCCGCGGUGCUCACCGUGGGGGUCGCCGUCGUCCUCUGCAGGAGGUACUCGGUGCUGAAGAAGCUUCUCCCUCCCAUCCCGCACAUGAAGGACCCCUUGAGGGACACCUGCCAGGGGGAGAAAAUAAUGGCCUGGGAGGCCGGCCCGCUCACCCAGGACUGUCCCGUGGCUGAGGUGCAGGUUUUGAAGGAAACAUGAGCUGCACCUGGUUCUGGGCCAGCCAGGCACACACAACCCGCCAGCCGUGGGAUGAGGGGACGUGUCGGGGGGCGGGCGCGGGGCACCCCAUGCAGUGUUCACUGACCUGCCACAAAAAGAACGGAAUAAAGUGCUUUCUCAGCCACACGCUGACUCCCCGACCCCAGCAGUGUCUUGUCGGUAAGGGCAGUGGGGCCCCGGGAAACCCCUCUGGCCCAGCACAGCCCACAGACGCUGUAGGAC